UGUCAACCAGCUCAGUUGAUCAUGAUUCAUGACGGAGUGAAGGUUAGGAGGAAAUAAGUUAGUCUAGAAAUGUUGGUCGAUAGAGGGUUAAUAGUUUCAGUGAUAACAAAUUAAACAAUUUUCAUUCAACCCCUCAAUAUUAUUCAACAUGAGACAUACUUAAAGUACUGAUAACCCAUUGUGAUAUUGUCUUGAGUGAAUAAUCAGCUCUCCUAGUGAUUCAAGCAGUUCUUCCGAGGAAAAAGGAAAAGAAAAAACGUUCAAGGCGUUCACUUACUAGCUCUGUCACAAUUUUAUUGCCAAAACAUGUGGAGAACUGUUGGUCCCAAUGUAGAUAGUUAUACUAGUUGUUAGUUCAACAAAAUAUCACAUUUUUUGUUAGUUGGUGAUGAUACAAUGGUCUCAAUAAUAAAAAAUCAGCUGCUCAAGCAUCUAUCAAGGUUCACAAAGAACCUGUCAGCUGAUAAAAUAAACUUGAGUACAUUAAGAGGGGAAGGUGAAUUGACAAACUUAGAACUGGACGAAGCGGUGUUGACUGAUCUACUGGAGUUACCAUCCUGGCUGAAAUUGACGAGUGCUUGGUGCAACAAAGUUAAUCUACGUGUACAAUGGACCAAGCUCAAGAGUGUUCCUAUAUUUUUGCAUCUAGAUGAAGUGCAUAUCGAACUGGUAACUUGCGAGGAAUUGAGAAGCCCAACGUCACCAAACAAUGCAACUGCCUUUCCAGGGGCAACAAAAUAUUCGUUUAUCCAUAAAGUCAUCGAUGGGAUCACAAUUGCUGUUAAUACAGUUACUGUUACGUUCAGAAGUCCUGCUUUCAUUGCAAAUGUUCAGAUUGCGAGAAUAACGGUUGAGUCAAAAUCGCCGGCCUGGCAGCGUUGUGAUUUGAGAAUGACAAGACUUAAAGAUACUGAUAGAGGGCAACUACUUAUAUUCAAGGAAAUGGAAUGGCAGACUGUUAGAAUAGAAGCACAAAGUACAAAAGACAAAGACUUGACACCACUACGUUUGUUAACUAAUCAAGCUAGAUGCCGUAUUACUAUUAAAAAGAGACUGUCUGACUGUUUUGUUUUGGGAUCACGUUUGGUUCUUAUUCUGGAUGAUCUACUGUGGGUCCUCACGGAUUCGCAGCUGAAGGCUGCAUUACGAUUCAUUGAUUCUCUUGGUGGACUCAUUGAGAGGGCCACCAUGUUGGAAAGGAAAGUGAAAGCAGCAAGAAAACUUGAGCUUCUACCGGAGUAUCAGGCUCAGGUAUCGCAGCAAGCGAGAAGUAAAAUUCAGUGCAAUACAGCAAUAUCCAAGAUAUUUAUGAGAUAUGAUGUAGUUGAAACCUGUUACCAUUUUCUAUGUCAGAGAAUUGAUCUCCAUCUGUGCGAUGAUCCUGGCCCUGGUCGUUCGUCUCACCCUGACCUACAGGACGGCGGCGCUCUUCAGAUAUCCUUAGUUAAAUUUCAAAUAGAUUAUUAUCCUUAUCACUUGGCCAUGGCUGAUCGAAAACACUGGGCUAAAUACAAGGAGAAUGCCACUCCCCAUGCUCAAUGGUUACAGCAGUCUCUCAAUGCAUUCCGUGGACAAUUUAUGGAUCUCAUCGAUAUCGGACAGAGUCAUGGGCCAUCAAAACGUGUCAGCACCGAUCACAGUGAUGAGAAAAAACAAGGGUGGGAGGAAAAACGAAAGAGUAUGGACCAGCAGAGCUCAUUAAUAUCAUCCGAGACGAAAAAAACCCAGCCGAGUGGAAAUGUAGUUAAAAAUUUUGUUCUCGAGCAAUUAUCAACCCUCAUGACAACCUGUAUUGUCAUUAGAAUAAAUGAUUUCACUGUUUACAAAGUAACAACAUCAACGCGAAAGCCUACAACGAAGGAAUUCAUUACAGGGGAUCGAGACAAAUUCUGUCUACCUGACGAUGUUACCAUUAUUCACGCCGAGUUUACAUAUUACUAUUACCCUGGAGAUAUUUCAUUUCCAUUGCCACCACCAAAGUUCUACGUCCAGGCGAAUCCUCUGCAAAUAAAUUACGACGUGUUCAGCUGCUUGUGGUUCAAUUCAUUUGUGUUGAAUCUAUAUCAAUCUCUUCUGAGUGCUGAGAAUCAUACGGAAGAUACAGAUGUGAUGUAUUUCGAUGUUAAACUUGAGGCCAUAUUACCAAGGAUAGUUCUGGAAACUCAACAUGAUUACCCGAAUCAAAGGGACCGACCAAAAUCCCUUCACCUUCAAAUUUCAAGAGUUUCAGUAACGAACGUGAGAUCCACAGAGAGAUCAUCAAGAGCCGAUUUAGCUGAGUGUUUAAAUGCCUUUCAAAUGGGUCAAAUGUUUUAUUCGAGUGAAUUCCCCAGCAAGGAUACGGAUUUUCGGGUGAUCCCUGAGAAAUUCUUGAGCCACUGUGCAGGCACAGACAACGUACGAUCUUACCCUCCAAAUUUCAAUGCUUCAACAAUUGAAGAGCUCACAAAACAGUUGACAAAAAAACUCCUGUGGAUUGACUCAAAGGACAUGUGGUGCUGCAGUUUGGAGCCGGUGUGGGCAGAUUUCUUUGGAGCCCGAGCCGUUGGCUCUAACCGGCCAGUUCCAUUCCUGGACGCCUUCCCCGUCACCAUUUGGCUACACCUUUCUCCCCCCUCACCCUCUUCCGCCACCUCAAAAUCCAUUGGAGCAAAUAUCCACGGUUUAGCGUACAUAAGCAAUCUCAUUUCCGUCCAACUGAAUCAUUAUCAGUACCUCUUCCUCCUCCGCCAAUUGGAAUCCCUCACGGAGAUGAGUACCUACCUCGGCGUGGACUCGAAUCGAAUCCUCAAUGUGGAGUCUGGCUCCCUGACAAUUGGCGCACUCAUCCCACAAGUGGAAGUUACCUUGAUAAUGCCAUCCCAAACACCAGGAAAAGAGAACUCAGGUGGAGAUCUGGAGUCAGUGGUACCAGACUCGUCCAGCAUCGCCGAGGAUCUCCUCCCCACGUCCCUUCCUCAUCCACUGGCAACCGCAGCACGAAUGGAAUUCGGCUCUAAACGAUUGAACACUUCGAACGACGUGGAAACACCACAGAGUGAAGUCUGCUCGAUGAUAUUAUCGGAACACCCAACGCAACAAGUGGUCACGUUCAAGCAGGAACGACCCGAUUCAAUCCAAGAGUUGGACUUCCCAAGGCUAAAGCGUCAGCCAUCAGAGACAACUCCUUUCAUACCAAAUAACUUCAAUGUUGGUUUAUCAUCUAUGAAAAAGGGCUUUGCUAAUCUAAUGACAUCCAUUGACUCCGCAUUGAAGGCAUCUCCAGAGGAUGGUAGCAGUGACACUGUCUCUAUGAGGAGUGACAUGAGCUCGGAUUCUGAGAACUAUGUUGCGGAUAAAUUGGAGGAAGGGGAUUCCUUCUUUGGAGGGCUUAAUGUUACUGGUAUAACUACUGUGGAGGAAGCUACUGAGGUUGUUGAAGAGACUCCAGACACACAGAGUGAGAAAUCAAUGGAUUCUGCCUGUAAACGAAAGGAUCUAGUCUCGAUGAUAACAUUUAAAUUGUCUAAAGUUGAAGUUAUCCAGCAGAGCUCUGGCUUUGAUUCGGUUAUCAAGGUUCAGGUCGCUAAAAUUGCCAGUGAGGAAUGCUCAUCGAUACCCUGGGAUGAAUUUCAGUCGAAAUUCAGCUCUAGAUCGAGGGGCUGGGUUGAGGUUUUUUCGGAUGCUGAUUGUGGGGCAUGCGCUAGGAUAAGGCUUUCUCAUGGGCUGAGGGAGGAAAAUGUAGACACCCUGGGCCGGAAAGGGAGUCACCUGCACAGCAAGGAGGGACUCAUGGCCAUGUUCCAGGAUGAGUUGAAGGCGAGGAUUAUGAAUGUCAAUUUGGCUCUGUCUAUGAGCUAUGUGGCUGGUUUGACAGAUCUCGUGGAGGACGAGAUCAUUCCGGAUCCGCUGCCUAUGGAGAUAUUUCUGGAGAAUAUAAGUCUUCGACUGAACGAGGAUCGUCCCCCCAACAACAUCACAUCCCCAGGACCGAUUCCCAUUGACGUAGUAAUCUCAAAUCUCAAAAUUUUGCGAGAUAAAAAAGGAAUAUUCCACGUUGAACCCCAGAGUGAUAAACGCUUACUAGCAAAUUUAACAAAUGGAAUUGAUAAAUGUACUAUCAGCGAUGAGACGGAAAUAGAGUUGAAUUUUUUGAGACAGUCAUCAAGCCAGUUGAAAGGAGACAAUGAGGAGUUGAAACGACGACUCGCCGCCUUAGAAAAACUUUCAGAGGAGAAUUCACGACUGAGGCGAUCCCAUCAAGAGUUGGAGAUUCUAAAAUCGAGUCUCAAUGGUGCCCAGGACUACAUCUCUGAAUUAUUGAAAGAGAAACAGGCCCUUCAGGAUACUGUUACUGUACUUCAGAAGCAAUUGACAAAGUCCAACGAAUCAGCGAACAGUGGGCGACCCUCAUGGUCUAUCAAAAGAUAGCACACCAGCUGUUUCGAUUGCUCAACCUGCUGCAGUGCUAAUAAAUCAUGAUAGAAUAGAGAAGACAAAUGUUCUGAGGAAUUUCAUCUCUAAAUAAUAUCUCUGAAUAUUCUCAAAGUUUUCCUCGAGGUGGGGCACUGGAAAAAUAUAUCUAUCCAUUCACUCGAGAGGAGUAUUUAGGGGAGGGUGGGGUAACACAGUUUUUUAAUAAAUAUUUUAAAUGUCAGAAA